ACAAGAUGGGAUAGAGAUUUGUUCAUAGACAGUAAACUGAUGGAAAUGCUGCUUUUAGUUUUGCCCUUAUCUGGAAUGCAGCUGACUUGACUGCAAUUACGACCCAACGAAAAGGGACGGACAUUCCCAGAGUUAAUAAUUUCUCAGCGUUAUCAUGGUUAUAGGUAAUGUGAGGGCAGUUCUUUCAGUUGUUGCUCUGGCUGCACAGUCUGUACGCAUGUAAAUAUACCCGCUGCACCGGCUUGUGUCUCUUAAUUUGUACAGAAAACCCAGCGGAUCUCAACUUUUGCAGUCACUUUCCUGGGCUGGGACCUUUAUGUAGAGGUGAUCCAGUUUGGUUGCUGAAACUCCAUCAUGGACAAGCAGGACAGCCAGGAUGACCACAAAAUGAACGACUCACAGAAAACCCCUGAAAAGCAAGCUCUCACAGCCUGCCUGUUCAGCGCAGCCUUCUUCGGGGCACUGGGUUCAUCUUUUCUUUACGGCUAUAACCUCUCUGUGGUAAAUGCACCUGCUUCGUACAUUAAAGAGUUCUACAAUAAGACCUGGAUGGAGAGAUAUGGGGAACCUAUUCCUUCAGAAACAUCCACUCUUUUAUGGUCCAUAACUGUGUCCAUAUUUGCCAUCGGAGGCCUUCUUGGAACUCUGUCGGUCUCUUUGAUUAUUAAAGUAGCUGGGCGAAAGGGAACCUUGCUGCUGAAUAACUGCUUUGCUGUGACGGCUGCUUUGUUGCUGUCACUGGGUGAGAUGUCAAGAUCUUUUGAGAUGCUCAUCAUCGGCCGGAUUGUUAUAGGCGUGAACUCAGGUAUAUCACUUAGUGUCCUCCCCAUGUACCUGGGAGAGAUUUCCCCUAAACAUAUCAGAGGCUCCGUUGGCCAGUUCAACUCCAUCCUGAUCUGCUUGGGCGUGUUCACAGGACAAGUGUUGGGUCUGCCCGAGCUCUUGGGUCAGGAGUCCAGGUGGAACUACCUGUUUUCCUUCCUGGCGUUUCCAGCAGUGCUGCAGCUGUGUGUCCUACCCUUCCUCCCUGAGAGUCCCCGCUACCUGCUGAUGGAGAAGAAGGACGAGGCAGGAGCAGAGAAAGCUUUUCAGAAGUUUUUGGGGAAGACGGAUGUGUCCCAGGAGCUGGAAGAAGUCCACGCGGAGGCACGAGCUCAGGACAACGUGAACGCUGUCUCUGUGUUACAGCUGCUGAGGAGCCCAGCUGUUCGCUGGCAGCUCAUCACCAUCAUCAUCACCAUGGCUUGCUAUCAGCUCUGCGGACUCAACGCUAUCUGGUACUAUACUAAUGGGAUCCUACGGGAAGCAGGGUUUGCAGAGCACUUGCUCCCUUACGUCACACUGAGCACGGGGGGUAUAGAGACUCUGGCCGCCAUCUUCUCAGGUCUGGUGAUUGAGCGGAUUGGGAGAAGACCCCUCCUUAUAUUUGGUUUCUCCUCCAUGGCUGUAUUCUUCAGCCUGCUGACAAUUUUCCUCAACUUCCAGGACAGGGUUUCAUGGAUGCCAUAUCUCAGUUACAGCUGCAUACUGGCUGUCAUCGCAGGCUUUUGCUCGGGACCAGGUGGCAUCCCAUUUAUCCUGACUGGUGAACUGUUUGAACAAUCCUACAGACCUGCUGCUUUCAUGAUCGCCGGUACUGUGAAUUGGUUGUCCAACUUUGCCGUGGGCCUCUUAUUCCCCUUCAUUCAAGAAAAGCUGCAGUCAUUUGCCUUCCUGGUGUUUGUGGCUGUCUGCACCCUGGGAUCCAUCUACCUCUGCGUUGUCCUCCCUGAAACCAAAAACAAAACCUUCAUGGACAUCAGCCAGAGCUUCGCUAAAAUCAACAAAAUGCCAGAGCUUUCACCUGGCCAGGAGAUGGAACUGGUCCUGUCCAUUACGCCCGAGAGCGAGAAAGCAGCAGAUGUCAAAAACACGGAGAUCUCCUUAUGAGCUAACGAGCGACACUAAUUAUAGAAAAAAAUAGGGCAAGAUAUAAGAGGAUAUAAGAGGGAAAUGUUUUCAUAUAUUUAUUUGAUUGUUUUUCUUAAUGAAGUUGAAAUGUGUACUGUUUGUAUGUUUUGUAGGACUAGGAUAUUCAAAAAAACUACAGUAUUACAAAACUUUUUCUACAUCUUAAUAGACGAGGUAGACCAAAUGAUCUGUUUCUGUUUAUUGAUAAAAUUCACGAGGUCAUCCAAAUUUUGUCAUUUCCAUACACAAGUGGAGACAUCGCAUAUUCACUUCCAAAGUAAAACAUGAAGGAAAAUGUAUAAGACUCUUCUACAGAAAGGGAGGAACCAAGAACAUCGGGCUGUUUAAAGAAAGAAGUGUCUGAAUUUUCCUCUUCAUAAAUUUGCUGUGUAAUCUGAAAUUGAAUAAAUGUUUAGUUUUCUUGAGAAACAGUCAACAAAUGUUUGAUUUUUGAACUGACUUGGAGAACUUAAUUAGAAAAAAAACAGUCUAAAAUUUAGAUUGGUCAAGAUGUAGGUAAAUAACAAAUUUAGACUGCAACUCAAUGUAUUUGCGUUUUUCUGAGUCACAUUUUAAUCAAACUGCGUUAGCAAACAUAAAUUUUAUAAACGCCCUCUGAAUAAUCCGAAAUGUAAAAAAUACAUCUGAUACAUUUCAGAGAAAGAGAGCCGCAGUAAAGAGCGCGCAGUGAUGACUGUUUUAAAUGUCCUGGUAAGAAAUCAUGAAACGUUGGCGGAGAGUGAUGAACAAUCACAUCAACAGGGUCGAUGAUGCUUGUUGUUUAUCACCGCGUCACAGCAGAAAUACUAUUAGAAAAGGUGCAUGCAUUGACAUUGUGAGGGGAAAAAUGAUUUAUUUCUAUUAAUUUAUUUGAGUUUGGAAGUUCAAAAGCCAAGUUUUGAAGGACACAAAAAUAUUUGAAUUGCUGCCCGUUUUGACUGCUACUUGUCGUUGUCAUAUGUUUGGUCCUCAUUAGCCUGGUGGAAAAGUCAGAACUCUUAACAAUAUAAAGUCGCUAAGCCUCAGGUAUUCCUAAGGCACAUUCUGUCACUUUGCAGCCUGAUUACUUCAGCGUGUUGUAUUGGGAUUUUCCAUGACAAACCAACACAGAGUGUUUAUGAAAUGGAAGAAAAAUCUGAAACGUGUGUUCAGCCCCGUUUUACACUUGUACCUUGAAAUAAAAU